AUGUGGCAGAAGAUAUCCCUCAGAGUUCGAGCGUGCCACCCGGAGACGUCUCGCGUGAGAUCCUCGACGUUUUGCGUAGCAUGGACGAGAGACAGAAGGCUUCAGGUACGCAUAAAAUCUGUGUUUCCAUUCCCCCGAAUCCCUGAUAUUCACGUUCAUUGCUGGUACACAGACGUGUCGAAACAACCGAUCCCUCAGGCUCCUGCGACGAGUGCAGCGGCUUGGUCCCCGUUGCUUCGAGCACAUUUGGAUCACAUACAGCCAACGGUGGAUCGAUGGAGAGGAACGCUCGAUACUAUACUGGUCUUCGUUGCCCUCUUCUCGGCCAUUGUCACGACGUUUUUUGUGCAGUCGCUCGAGGGAUUAUCGCAGGAUCCCGGUGACAGGACGAACGAGCUGCUACUCAACCUAACUGAACUUGUCAUCGCCGUUAGUGGGGUCAACGCGUCCCACCUUACCAUUCAGCCGCCCACAGCUUUUGAGCCCGAAGAGAGUGCAGUCCGUCUCAAUUUCUAUUGGUCUAUUUCUCUAAUCCUCAGCGUGAGAUGCAGUCAUAUUUUGCCGCAUCGAUUGAGGCUCACCAGAGUUAUUCAAUAG